AUGCCGCUUUGCCGCGGGGUUGACACGGAGCGUGACUCUUUACCGCUGACGGUGGAGGAACUCGUGGAAAGCUACCAGCACACCCGGCAACUUAAUGAGGAGCUCUGUGCCUUCAUCGACAAUAUUCGUGUAGGAUGUAAUAGCAUCGCAGAAAAUUCCCCCCAUGCUACGCAGGCGCUUCGUGAGCUCCUCGCAGCUGCCUCUCGUGGAAGCACCGCUGUUGCCUCUCCCAUUAGGGCUAGCCAAGUAAACGGCAGCGGCGUGUCCAGCAAAGGCCCGGGCAGCACUUGCACUGUUGCUGCUGGCGAUGUGUUAGAGGGCGUGGUGGUAAAGGGCAAAAUGAAAAGUGAAGUGUCAGAGGCAACUGCGAAAGGUUCGACAAAGUCACGCUUUUUGCGGUUUGUGGAAGAGGCUAAGCAUGACUACAAGGAGGAAUGUGGCGUCUUGCGGGUAAAGCUGUUGGCAAUGGAGAGUGGUCAAAAGCUGUUGCUGCAGGCCCAGCAAAAGCUGCGGGAGCAGGAGAAGAAGACUGCGACGUGCGUGUCGGCGCUAGAAGCGUGCCGCAAUGAACUGGCUGCGGUUCGUUCUCAGUGCAGUCUUCUUGUGGGCGUACUCAACGACGGUGAGGUCACCGCCGUCGCCGCCGCCGCCGCCGUUUCUCCCGUGCAGCACGUUAUCCAGCAGGCUAGUGACCGCAAUGCGCCGCAGAGCUGCGAGUGUGACGGGCUCACCACACAGGCGGAGCCCGCGGCGGCUACGGGUGAUUCGCUGCGCUCCCUUACAGCCCGUUUAGUCCAGACAGAAAUGGACCUCCAGAAGUCCCAGGCGGCAGCAAAAUCGCUUCAAGGCGAGUUUAGGAAGCUCGAGUACGGUAACGGUCAGCUUAACGAGCGGCUGGAGACACUGACGGCCGAGCGCGACGCGCUGCAGUUGCACAACAGGCAGCUGGAGGGGCAGUUACAUCGCUUGCUGUCUUUGCUCCACGACCAUCCCGAGUCGCGGCAGGCGAUGCACGCGGGUGAAGGGGCGGAUGCCGUGGCGGCGUGUAGGGCUGAGGAAGAGGCGGAGAGGGUUAAAUUGCGGGAAAGCGUGCAGCGGCUUCGUUGCGAGAACCGCGCGCUUCAGAACUCAGUUCUGCAGCUUCAGCGGCAGGUCAAUGAUUCUGAGUUGCGGACAGAGGAGAUGUACUCUGCGGGCAACGAGGAUGUUUUACAGCUUAAGGAGGAUAUGGCGCGCCUUCGCGAAGCCCUGCGGGAGAGGCAGUUCGCACUCGAACAGACUCGCUGUGAUGGAAAAAGGGCGGCGACGCAGUGGGAGCUGCUGGAUAAGGUGCACCGCACAGUGAUUCACCACAUCUCGACACGGCUGGUGUGCGAAGUUUCCAGACAGUUUGUCCCGUCGUCCCUCGGCGACACGUCUGCAACAACCCCCGCCCCGAACCCUACAGCCGCUGCCAGGGCGCAAAGGGACGAAGCAGCAUCAGUGUCCGAUGCCGUGGCUGCACAAGCACCUGAAACUGGGGAGCUGCAAGAAGCAGUGACAGCAGUAGUGGUUGAACCUUUCUGCAGCCAGGCCAGCAAUGACACGCGUGUCCAGGAGCUCCUUUCGAGGCUUGAAGCGAAGGAGUCGGAACACCGUUUGGCGUUGAAGCACUGGCAACAGGUGAACCAGGAACUGCGCUCCGCCCUCGCGAACUCGCAAGAAGAACUAAAGCAAUGGGAAGCUCGCAGCAGGGCCUUGGAACGGGCGAAAAGCUCUUCUGUUGCCCACGCUACGACACCUUCACAGAGGGGUGUUGCCGAAAUUCAUGGGGCCUGCACUGGAGAUGAUUCGGCAAGGGACCAAACAACCCUCUCGCGGGAGCAUGCGAGUAUAUUCGGUGGGAAGCAAAUGAGUGCAGAAAAUGAGGCCCAUCUUCGACUUGUGGUGGAGACGCAGAGGGAAACUUCCUCCAAUAAUGCCAUUUUGCAGGAUUCUCGCUGGCGCUGCGCCACUGUGAAGCGGGGAGACACGAGGAACUUGGCGGCUGUAAACGUCCCAUCCGCGAGUGCUGCUGCAUCUUCGGCGAUGACGCAUCUUUCUUCUGGUGCUGUUGACUUGUCCAGUGCCUUUCCAAUUCGCAACCUCCAGCGCAUGUUGCACGAUGUCCUGCAGGAGAACCUGACCCUUGCAGCUAGGGUUAAGGAGCUUGAGGCCAGAUGA